AUGGCAGGCGGUGGCAUGCCCACAGAUGCCCCUGGCGUUGCUGGGGGUUACCUCACCGGCAAGAAAUUGAUCUACCCUCUCUGUCUGGUCAUCUCGCUCUUCUUCCUCUGGGGCUUCUCCUACGGUCUCCUCGAUGUCCUGAACAAGCACUUCCAAACGGUCCUCGGCGUCACCCGUCUCGAAUCUACCGGUCUCCAGGUCAUGUACUUCGGUGGCGGUUACCUCGUCUUCUCGCCGAUCGCCGCUGAGGUCCUGAAGCGCAGAGGCUACCGCUUCACGAUCAUCAUGGGACUCUGCCUCUACUCUCUCGGCGCCAUCAUGUUCUGGCCCACUGCACAUUUUUCAUCGCCAUCGAAUGAGAAGGCAGCUUUCGGCGGCUUCCUGGUCUGCACCUGGGUCAUCGCUUGCGGUCUUGCAACUCUUGAAACCUCCGCCAACAGCUACGCUGUCGUCAUCGGACACCCUGCCACGGCAUCUGCCAGGCUUCAGUUCUGUCAAUCGUGGAAUGGCGUCGCUUCCUUCAUUGGACCACUGAUCGCAUCCAAGGCUUUCUUCUCCGGCGAGAACCAGAACUCCCUCACAAACGUCCAGUACGUCUACCUCGCUGUAGCUUGCGCAGGUGCCGCCGUCGGUAUCCUGUUCUUCUUCAGCAAGCUCCCAGAAGUCGCCGAGGCCAAGGUCCGCUCCGCAUCUAUCGUUGCAGCUGAUUCCGAAGAGCUCGGUAUCGACCAGUAUGGCAACACCUUCGCCCAGCGACCACUUUACAAGGAGUACACGAUGAUCUUCGGCUUUAUCGCCCAGUUCGCCUAUGUCGGUGCUCAGGUCACUUGUGCGACUUUCUUCAUCAACUACGCUACCGAGGCUGCUACCUACACCACUGCCCAGGCUUCCAACAUGCUGUCAUAUGCGCUGAUCGUCUUCACCGUUGGUCGAUUCGUGGCUACCGCUUUGGCCACCGUCUUCGAGUCCAACUUCAUCCUGACAGUGUACGCUUGCUGCGCUAUCGCUCUGACUGCGUACGUCUCCAACGGUACUGGCAAUGCUGGUGUUGGUGUUCUUAUCACCAUCUUCUUCUUCAUGGCGCCGAUGUACCCAACUAUCUUCACCCUCGGAACUGCCAACCUUGGCAAGAACACUCGUCGCGGAGCCGGUAUCCUGGUUAUGGGAGUCUCUGGCGGAGCUGUCUUCCCUCCAAUCCAGGGCGCCAUCGCCGACGCCGCCUCCACCAAAAUCUCCUACCUCGUCCCCAUGGUCGGCUUCAUCGUUGUUCUGAUGUUCGCCGCCGUCUCUUGGGUUCAACACGGCUACCACUUCCUCCGCGUCAAGGGCGAGAACAUCGUCGCCGCCUCCCUCGAAGGCGGUGCCCUCGGUGGAGUCGUCCAGACAGUCCACUACGACGAGCGCAAGCUCUCUGUCGCUGACGCAGAGGCGAUCCGCAACUCUAGCCUUGGCGGCGCACGUCUCAACACCGUCACUGGAGGGUACAAUAUCAACACUGAGAAGAAUGGCGAGCGCAUUCGGUCGUCGAGUAUCAGUGGUGCGCAUGUGGAGACUGUGGAUCAUAGCUAUAAGCUUAAGAUGUAG